AACCCCACUCUGGCUACGUCGUUGGUCAUGUGUUUGCGGCAGAACGAAUCAAGCACCGAUACGUUUUUCUGAGAUUUUUUAAAAAUGCAAUUUUAUUUUAAAUAUUUUCCAAUCAAAUAUUAUUACCGUCAUUAAGUGUAUGUUUUUUGAAACAUUAAUAAUAAAAAAUACAGUUACCUUUUUUUUUUUACACGCAUUGGAAAUUCGGCUCGAAGGGUGACGUCACUAUAAAAGACUACUGACAGCUCUACAAAAUGUCAGAUCCCGGAAAUUGGAGGUCAGAAUACGGGUGGGAAUACAAAACGUACGCAUCACAAGCUUAUGGCUGCUGUAUUCGAAACAACUCGUUUUUUUUUUUUUUUUUUUUUUUUGCUUAGACCGAAAUAUAGCGUGUACUAGAAAUACAUGUAUAUGCGCGGAUGGUUUAGUCGUAGGUCUUUGCAGAGAAACAUUUGGUGUAAUCUAUCAGUUGUUUGGACACGUUAUUGCCGCCAAGCUAAUGUAAUUAGCAAACAGCUACAAAGACAGCGGUUUGGGUUUAAUUAGUCCUUUUUUUUUUAUCUGCACCCGGAAAUCCUCUUUAGCUGACUUCUUUUCCGCGGUGUUUUGCUGCAUUCAUGACCAAGCGGGAACUGGUAAAUUCCCUACUUCCCAGUAGGAAAGACCACUUUGGACAGCGCUCCAUCUCGUAAUUCUCGUGAACAUUGGUUUUUCGAGAGCCCCGACUUCUGUUAGCUGCGAUUCUGUGACGUCACUUAAAUAUGGCGGCGCUCAUGGUGAAAAGUCCACCAUACUUUCCGAGUUCCCAGUUGUCCUGAUGUGAAGCUGGAGUGUUAUUUCACAGCCUCUCCAACAGAUGGCGACAUUCUCUGUGCAGAAUCAUAACCUCUAAGCGCACAGAUUGUUGUUUGGUUAAACUGUAUUUUAUACAGCAUUGCACCAUGAAUUCGUUGGUGGAUUAUGAUUGUGACAGUGAGGACAGUUUAGAACCAGAGGAGACACUUGCAGGAGAGAGUGUCAGUUCAGCCGAGUCUGAAGAAACAAUUCGAAGCUUUCCAUUACACGUUAAUAGGCCCGAUUCAGAUCUCCAUCACCACAAGUCAAAAUCAGAAGAAUAUAAAACCCCAUCAGGUUCCAAGUGGCCUGAGUCGACAUGUCCUUUAGUACAAACUUCUGUGUGUUCAAAAAGACCUCAGUCUACUCCAGGUGGACUCAGACCAUAUGUAUCAAAGAGACAGAGGAUGAUCACGCAGCCCGAAUCUGCAGCAAUGGUGCGCACAGGAAACUCACCUGACCUCCAGACUACAAACCUGCGCCCUCUCUCAGAAGUGUCCGAGAGAGUGCAGACAUUCCUUGGCAGGAAAGUGGUGCAAGGCGAGCUGCCUAAACAUGUUCAGCAUCAGCUUCAUGCUCAUCAAGGUCCAGUAAACACAGUGCAGUGGUGCCCAGUGCCGCAUCUCAGCCACCUGCUGCUCUCAGCCUCCAUGGACAAGACCUUUAAGGUCUGGGAUGGGGCAGGCAGUGGGCGGUGCCUUCAGACUUACUCCACCCACUGCGGGGCUGUCCGAGAUGCAUGUUGGCUGCCAUGUGGACGACGCCUCCUAUCUGGCUCCUUUGACAACGCAACCUCUGUGACAGAUCUGGAGACGAGUCAGGUGGUUGCCAGGGUGGACAACCAAUUCAAGGUCACUUGUCUUGCCUUUCAGCCCUCGGAUCCUACUCUUUUUCUUUGUGGGGGAUUCAGUUCUGAAGUCAGGGCAUGGGAUUCCCGAACCUGUAAGAUGGUCAGAGUGUACAAGGCUGGGAUUCAGCAGACAUUGGACAUCCUGUUUCUGGGUGAAGGGAAAGAAUUUGUGACCAGCAGUGAUGUCGUCAGUCGAGACUCUGCAGAUCGCACCCUCAUUGCCUGGGACUUUGUGACUACUGCUAAAAUCUCCAACCAGAUAUUCCACGAGAGAUACACCUGUCCUAGUCUGGCCAUGCACCCACAGGACGACUCCUUUGUUGCUCAGACCAAUGGAAAUUACAUAGCACUCUUCUCAGCCCAGAAGCCAUACCGGAUGAACAAGAGGAAGAGAUAUGAAGGACACAAGGUGGAAGGUUAUGCAGUGCAAUGCGAAUGGUCUUCAGAUGGAACCAUACUGGCGACAGGUAGUUCUACAGGCUCUGUGCACUUCUAUGAGUCUCAUAGUGCACGGAGUUUGCUCACACUCCAUGCUCAUCAGCAGGCCUGUGUGUGUGUGUCUUACCACCCUGUAAUACCUGCUACGGUUGCCACAUGUGACUGGGGAGGGGAGAUCAAGAUAUGGAACUGACAACAUUUAGGACUUCUGUUUGCUGCAGGAAUGUAUCCAACGACUCUGUAUUUAGAAACAAAAUACAUUUAAUCCAUCCAUCCAUCUUCUACACCGCUUAUCCUUCACUUCAUGGUCAUGGGGAAAUCUGGAGCCUAUCCCAGGGAGCAUCGGGCACAAGUACCCGGAGGAAACCCCCGCAGCACGGGGAGAACAUGCAAACUCUGCACACACAGGGCCCCGGUGGGAAUCGAACCCUCGACCCUGGAGGUGUGAGGCGAACGUGCUAACAAAAUACAUUUAAUUUGUCUUAUAAAUGUCUUAUAAAGCAAGAUUGGUAUAUGAGCAUGUACAAAUGUCUACUCAGAGUGUUUCCUUGCCUCUGUGGCCUUUGGCUUGGAAUCUACAUCUAGAUUUCUGUAAAGCUGUUUGUGCCCAUGUCUUAUUAAAAGCUGCAUAAAAGUAAAACUGAAGUGCGUGAAGAAUCAAAAACGUACAACUUCAUAUAUUUUAUUUUAUCAUCUUUCAGGUAAUAAUUUAUUAGUACACCAUGAUGAAUAUUUCUCAGAAAUUAUGGAAUAAUUCACUAUUAUCUCAGUAUAUCUCAAUCUCACUAUAAGAAAAUACUUUUUCUGUGAUAAAUAGACAAUUUGAC